AUGAGCAAGUUGUUGGUUAUUGUUCUGGUCCAAAUUGGUGCCACACUAGCGUUGGAGUGCUACCAAGGCCAACAGAACAACUCGGUGGCUGUGGUGGGUUCGGCAAUGACUUGUCCCCAGAAUGCGAUGAGUUGUAUCAAGAGUGUGGACAAUGCCACUGGGAUUGCCACCAGAGCUUGCCAACAGACUACUUGCGCUGUAAGUUUGGCUAACGUUCGGGGAGAGUGAUGUGAUUAUGUGGUAGUUAGGGUAAUAUAACUAGAGUUAAUACAAACAGAUUUUUGCUUACAAUUUUAAAAAUUAUACGUUGUUCAUAUAAUUUUGAGCUUAUCUCAUGGCAAAUGUUUGGGAUUAGGGGGCUCAGAAUUAUUUGAACAAUCUAAUGCUUUUUUUCAAUUAUAUAGUAUAUGAGUGUUAGACACACACUAAUAAGGUUUCAAAUUGAAUCAAAUUUGGUAUUGUUUUUCGACAGUCUGACUGCAUUGUGUACUAUAUCAUAUGAUAUGUCACAUAAUGCAUUACUACGAUAUUUAGGGGCUUUAUAAACUAAUAUGGAUUCUUUUGGGAAAUGACUAUCUUUUAUUGGUAAAGCAUUGUUAUGUUGUCAUAAAAGAUCUUUUUUUCUUUUAUUUUUCAGAAAAAAUUUGAAUUUUUUAAAUUUUAAAAAAAUUUUUUUAAAAUUUUUAAAUAAUUUUCAAAAAAUGAUAUAACAAUGUCUUACCCCUCUACCUCUCCUCGGGAUGACCAACAGGGUCAAUACUAACACCCUUCCAAAUUUCAAAUUAACCUUUCCUUUCUCAUGGCUAGCCUAGUUGUGAUUCCAACUUUUUGUUCAGCAAUUGUUCCAGUAUGCAAAUAACGGUUAUCAGCAGACCACCACCGCCAACACCACCACCACUGCUUGCAUGCCCACCAGUACCGGCGUGAUGUGUUGUUGUACUGGAGAUGGAUGUAACGCCGCGACUGGUACUCAAGUGUCGCUGAAUGCCAUUGGCUUGACCUUGUUCGGCUUCUUCAUGGCUUUUGUCCUCAAAUUUUAA